CGCUGCAGUGAUAAUGUUCCCUUUCAUAACUGAAGCUGGGCUGAAGUGUCAAAAAAUAAUGUGAAAAUUAUUUGACACCAUCAACAACUCCACUUCACAGGUGUUUUUGAUUGUUCGGUUUCAACUGUGGCUUCACGUUACUAAUGAGGCUAUUAACUAACUUAUUGGCCGAGUGUUAUUGCAAAAUCAGAAAGAUUUUAUUCAUUUGUGGGUGAUUACCGUUAUAGCUGAUUGUAAUCUAUGAAUUUGGGCGUAUUUAACAGAGUUAAUCUAAAGGAUUCCGGAGGCGGAAUGUAUUCCGAAUGGGCAUCCCUGAGCCACCUGAUCCAAAGAGGCUCGGAUGAGAGUCGAAGUGUCCUCGAGAAAUUUUCCCCAGGGGCUGGUCGUGAAGUCGCCCUGUCGAUCGUCAAACAACUAGCUGCGAAUCUUGGAAUUUCUCAGGCUGCCGAGACCAGUCCCCUGGACACCGACAGGGAGGUCCAGUGGUGCAUGGAAGUCAUUUGCUUCGGCUUGUCCUUACCCUUAUCAGAACAUGACACUGUUCGUGACUGUGUCAACGUCUACUGCGAAUGGCUCUCUGCACUCUACACAUCCCCAAAGAUUUCAGUUCCAAAGCCCAUCAUCGAGGAUCCUAAUUUCUAUGCCAGAAAAAUCAUUAGCCAUUUUCAUAAUUUAUUCGUGCCGAGGAAGGGUGAAGUCUGGCCGUUUUUAUAUCUGGAUAUAGGUACCGAUACGAUAAAUCGACAAGCUGUGUUGUGCCACCGAGUCCUGAGGACCCUCCAGCAAGUAGCAAGAGGCCCAGCGGCUCUGGAUGGCGAGACUUGGGAGAGUCUCCUGCUGUUCCUGAUCGGCAUCAAUGAUUCCUUGUUGGCUCCACCAGCAGUUCGAGAGGACGCUGGUGAGCAACUCUGCGAGAGAGUCCUCGGGGUUCUGCUGGAGGUUUGGCUGGUGGCAUGCGAGAAAAAAUUCCCCUCCCCACCUCUGUGGAGGACCCUGAGAGAAUCCUGUCUCCGAUGGCGACAUCGUCUCGCACUGAUCGAACAAUGGAAUCGCGUUUGUCUUGCUCUGACUGCCAGACUUUUGAAUAUCAUGUACGGACCCAUGUUCCCAGGAUUGAAAAUCAGCGAUGAAGAUGCUCAACUCAUACCUCCAACCAUGUCCGACGAAGCAGUUGCCCAGGCGUGGUAUCGACUAUUGCGAACAGUUGGUGAUCCAGUCGAUCUCUGUCGGCCAGGAGUAGUCUCCCAGACUCAAGCUUUCCUGCAGUACGCGAUAACGAGUCCCUUUGUCAUCGACCCCUGUCAGCACCCUUGUCUUCAAGCACUCCCCCAGAUAUUUCUGAAGGCAAUCAAAGGAAUCGCAGGACAAGUCGAUGCGUUUCUAGGCAUUUCCCAAGCUUGUUGCUGGGAAGAAUGCUGCGCAACUACUGGACUAUCGAGCACUAGUGUUUCUGGAAUUGGUGGUGCUGGUGGUGAAAAAAUAACCAAGGAUCAACCCCAACCCUCACCCACACCCCCAACACAACGCAGACUUGCAAAAAGUUUCAGCGUUACACCAUCAGCUGUCACUAAGGGAAUACCAAAAGCAUCGCUGAUUGGACUGACAACAAGUAGAAUAUCCAAUACGUCCAUCAACAUAGCCAACUCCGGGCCUUCCUCUACAUCGAGUACAAUUUCUGCCACAUCCCUCACUAGUGAUAUUCGACCCCCGCUGGCGCCGGGACGACCGAAGUGCAAUACUGUUUUGCAUCUCUUUGGCGAGUGGCUGUUCGAAGCAGCAUUUAUUGGCACUGAUGGCUGGUCCCAGACCCUACCACAGCCAGUAGGUGCCUCGAAGCGACCAUCAUCCGUGCUAGUAGAGGGCCCCAAUUCCCUCCAAGAAACGAUCAACGAAAUCCCAACAUCAUUGAGCAUCGAUCGCUAUGAGUCAGGGAAAGCCGAAGCCAUGGGCGCCCUUUGCAGGAUAUUCUGCGCGAAAAAGACUGGAGAGGAAAUAUUCCCGGUGUAUUUAGCUAGGUUCUAUCAAGCGAUGCACCGAGGACUCAGAGUUGAUGAGAGUCGAGAGUGUGGGGAAACUCUAGCCAGUAUUUUAUCAAACUCAGCCGAUCUAUUUAGGUUGGAUCUGGAUGGGGUUGAGAUACUCGCACCAGCAGUUCUAACUGCCCUAGAGCUGGUGCUCCCUGAUAAAGAUCUGAAGCUGAAGUCAUCCAACGUUUCGAAGAUAGAACUUCGAAGGGCCUCAAUUCAAAUGCUGAUAUCAAUGCUGGCACUACCCUUACACUUUCAGAAUCUACCAAUUCGAGAAUUCUCCCUCUCUACAAUGGACAAUAAUUCCGAUAAAACUCCUCUGACAUUUGGCCAACUGAAGCCCAGACUUAUGAAUCUCCUGAUAAAUGCUCUACAAGUGGAAUCAGAUCCUCUGAAUACGCACAUGUUAUUAGGUGGUUUACUCCUGAGUGUCCAAGACUCGGCGACCGCCGAAGAAGUGGAACAAUCGGCGCCUCUGGAUGCAGUGGACAAUGACACAUCGACGAAUCUACUGACUUCUGUCAGCAGCGAUUCGACCAGUCAAAUAAGCAUUUGCAGUGACCUCCGCUCCCUGGGGGACGACGUGUCCACCGUUCAGGAUGAUACGCCUGCUUUUGACUCAGCUCAUGCCCUCUUCUUAAGGGCGACCUAUCUAGUCUGCCAUCGGUUAAUAUCGUCGUGGAAGACUGAUCUGAAUAUUUCUCUGGCUGCUCUUGAGCUACUGUCAGGCUUGGCGAGGACCAACAUACGUGAAACAGCGAGGAGAUUGACAGAUUCCCUCGAAUGUAAGCGAGCUGUCAAAUGGCUGUGCGACUACAUAACUUAUCAAUGUUGGCGUCCACCGCCAGCGCACUCCAAAGACCUCCAUUCGUCGAUAGUAGCGGCAUUCGGGUGCCUAACGACCUGGCUUACCGCUCAUCCCCAGCUCCUCCAGGACAAAGACUGUCUAACUACAGUCCUGGAGGUGGUUGAGCUCGGAGUGUCAGGGACAAAGAGCAUUGGAAAGCCCGGUGAACCCAUCAAAAUGAAAGACGAGAAGGAGUUGAAGCCGGCGUCAAUGCGUGUUAGAGAUGCGGCAGAUGGUCUCCUGGCGAUUGUCCUCGAGCAAGUCGGUUAUUUUCCGAGUGCCUGUGGCGCUCAGUCCCUCUCGUCCCUUCUGGACGAGGUGUCUCUCCUGGAGCAGAGCCUCAAAGAGAGCCUCUCACGUCCCCAGGCCGUCGAGCGAUUCCGCUAUUUUGUGGCUGAAAACGCAACUAUGCUCGCCAUCUUGGAGGGCACCUCGGAGCAUUCGGCUAACAGUUGCAAGGAUCCUCAUCCGACCGUCACCCUCGUCAUCAGAGGACCCUUUGGGCGUCACGCCUGGACCAUGAACCUGCGACAUCUGCCGAGGCACAAGUCCGGAGUCAAGAGCAUCAACCCGAACCCCGGCAGACCUCUUCCUUUGGCCGAGACACUACCGCGGACUGAUUAUAAACCGAGAUUCUUUCCUGAUAAUGUUGACAAGAUUCCUCACUGCAAGGUGGAUGAAUCAAUCCCGAGUCUCGAGGUAGUGAUGAACGACAACGCAACUGUGAAAGAACAGCACGAUCUUCUCUCGCAGAUCCUUGACUCCCAAAUAGCCAUUGAAUCCCAAAUCGAUCAGGUGUCGAAGGCGUCUAGUAACGAUCGCGAGAACUACCGGGAGUGUCAGCCCCCCACGAAUGCGCACGAAUUCCAAACGGCGAGGCUCUUCCUCAGCCACUUCGGCUUCAUCGGUUUUGACCCAACGACACUGGACGAUAACGAUCGUUCUCUUGGAAUCACAGCGUUGGAUCCCUCUAUUCCCGGAUUCUGCGCUGAUCUGGAGAGUCUCGACAACACCAACUCCAGAACAUGCGACACCGUUCACAUUUUCUACGUCAAGUCCGGCCAAAGGGCGCCAGGUGACAUUUUAUCGAAUGUCGUGAGCAAAGAGAACGUUUCCGAUCAUUUUCUGGAGUUUCUGAACUCUCUGGGGUGGCCAGUAAAGGUCAGGGAUCAUGCAGGUUGGACGGGACAGGUGACGACUUCCUGGAGGAUCACUCCAAGCGCCAGUUCGUCCCAGAAUAAUACGAUGCCGAGUGUCAGUGAAAACGGGGGUUCCCUGUACAGUGGUGAUACGCACGUCCUGUACUGGGCAGAUGUCAGUUCGGAAAUAGCUUUCAUCGUACCCACAGCAACUUCCAGGACAAAUAGCAAUAGCCAGCAGGUGGCUGACUGCCUUGAGGAUCAAGGGAUAUGCAGCAGUGACUGCAGUACUGGGUAUAAUUGCACCUAUGAAAGGAGUAGUAGCGAACAUUCGUCCACCAGGACUGCAUCAAGAUUGGACAGUGGAUAUGUCCCUCAGGUCUCGCAGACCACAACCUCCAGGACAAUGUCUUUGGAUCUUGAGAAACAGCCGUCAAGUCUUACGAGUUCAGGACCACCCAGUGUAUCAUCAAACUCGGACUAUCCGGUGAGAUCGAGACGCACCACUAAACACUCAUUCCCAGGCCAAAUGGAGACGAAGAUAAUGGUCGUAUGGCUGGAGAGUCUGGAAGACUACGCACACUUCCCGGUUGAUCAACUACUCCCUUACACGAGUACUGGAUUGGAAUCCAAUUGCCGGACUUCCCAGGCGUCUGACGUACUCCUGAUUUAUCUUCAUUCCUUGUCAAAUGGUCUGCUGAGGGUGAAACUCCAGGGCCCGGCCUCCAGAAUUAAUUUGGCGACUCCCUUGAUCGAUGGAAUGGUUCUGUCCAGAAGAGUUUUGGGUACACUAGUCAGACAGACGGCCAUUAAUAUGGCCAGGAGAAAGAGGCUGGACAACGACAGCUAUCAUCCACCUCAUGUGAGACGAAGACUUAAAGUUCAGGAUAUUAUGCAGAAGUAUAAGAGAGAUCUGUCACAACCAGAGUUGCUGGCUCUUUUGUUUAAUAAUCCUGUUGUUCAGUGAUCAUGAAGUGAAAGAUAAAUUUACUAUCGCAUGGAAACAUCGGAUUCUUCCACUGCUCUUAAGGCCUGGAUGAAUUAUUUUCCUGGUGAAUGAGAUCACUGAACGAUGCUUCGGCUCUCCGACUUCUUUAUUAUUAUUAGUAUCAUCAUUAUUAUUAUUAUCGUUGAUAGAUGAUCGCUGGAUGACGUUCAAGAGCUCGAAUAAUUCCACACGAGCCUUAAUUGAAGCAGUGGAACAACCGGUGUUUGAUUAGCGGUAACUCGAAAUCGGCAGAGUGAAAUUUGGUGAGUUUGAUUUCAUUUUGAAGAUUAUUUUUCGAGCUUUAAAAUGAGAUGUGACGUGUCCGAAUCGUAUUAUUAGUUUAGAAGAUAUCGAAGAUUUUAAUUGAUUGAUUGGUUUCUAACAAAUUUUGCAAAUGUGAAGAUCUAUGCGAAAUGAUGUUGAAAGUAAGAGUCAAAUUAACUCUGACCUAUUAAGGGAAAUCGAGGUCUUACUUUAUAGGGCUCAUGACAUUUAAUACCAUUUUCAAGAAAAUUUUUAAACCUUUCGAAUAAGAUCUGAUUUAUGUAAAUCACAUGAUUGUUUCAAACAAUGAAAAAACUCAUUUUUUUUAUUAAAAAUUCAAAAGAAUAUUAUCAACUUCAAGUUCAUCUCUAGCAUCUAAUGAAUAUCGUUGAAUCCCAUAACUUCACAACAAUUGGAUGCUCCAAUAUUAGACAGCUCUGAGGCAAAUGAAAAAUUCUGUAAAAAAUCCACUUCACCACGUGAAUAAUGGCUGACAAACGAAGAUUAUCAUAAAAAUCGUAAAAAUAUAAAUUACAAAGGAAUCAAGAUUUUAAUGGACGUUUGAUUUUUUUCGAGAGUCAUGCAAUGAUAAAUAAACUUGUAUCAUACGUAUCUUAUCGUUAAAUUGAUAGACAUCACGUAAUCAAUGAUGAGAGAAAAAAUGGAAGUGUUGCAUUUGUUGACGCAAUUGUGUUGAGAGACCUCGUUGUUACACCCAACUAUUGUACUUUAUGUAAGUAAAUAAUAAAUAUUUUUAACACAAUUCCAUCAAAUUCAUUUCGUGUCCUGGUUGAACAGUUCAUUCACUGAUCGAAUGGAUCAGAAUGAAACGUAUUUUUAGUCAGGUAAUUAUGAAGAGGCGUCCAAUACAGUGAAUUGUUUCGGUGCUCCAAUUAUUGGCGAUUCGAUACCAGUUUAUCACACUCUUGUAUUGACUGUGGGAUUUUUCGAAGAGCCAACUCAUCUGUCUAUCUUUUCUUCGAUAAAAGAGGCCCCCAUUCGGCGAUAAAAUACAGGCCGCUAUUUCCGGAAUUGUGACGGC